AUGUUGAUCAUCCUAUUGAUAGUGCUCCUUGCUCUAUACACCCCAACACAAGCCCAUUCUUGGGUGGAAGAGCUCACCCUCAUUGCUCCAAAUGGAACCUUCAUCGGCACCCCAGGAUAUGCGCGAGGGAACUACCUGCGCACGACAUCGGGCUUUAGCGACACUACCAUGACCUACUUGAUCCCGCCCAACACAAGAGCAAAUGUGACUCAGAUUCUGCCAACCGACAAAAUGUGCAAAGACACCCAGCAGGAUCAAACCCAGUCAGAGGGAAGCCCUCGGCUUGAAGCCAGCGCUGGCGCGGCGAUUGCUCUUCGCUACCAGGAGAACGGCCAUGUGACACUUCCCCAGAACCAGCCAGGAAAGCCCGCCAACCGUGGAACCGUUUACGUAUAUGGCACCACACAACCCAAGACCGGCGAGAAAUUGCUUGAUGUCUAUGGUGUCUGGACCCAAGAUGGCACUGGGGGUGAUGGGCGGGGUGUACUCUUGUCAGUGCAGAACUACGACGACGGCCGUUGCUAUCAGGUCAAUUCAGGGCAAAUCUCAGAGACUCGACAAACAAAGUAUACCCACACAGCAGACGCACGGAUGGGAGCAGACCUCUGGUGCCAGCAGGAUAUUCAACUGCCCUCCAAUGCUCCCAGUGGGAAGCCCUACACACUCUAUUGGGUGUGGGACUGGCCCACCGCUGCCGGUGAUGAUCCCACAUACCCCAACGGAAAGGCCGAAAUCUACACAACUUGUAUGGAUGUGGACUUGGUGAACAAUGUCGGCAAGCAGGCAAUCAAGAGCGACUAUGAGACUGACCAAGAUCUCAACAAUGCUGCAAUCCCUUCGCAGUUUGAUGCACUUGGCGGUGCGAUAUCUUCUCGGUUAUCCGCCCAGCCAUCCUCUCAGUCAUCCUCUCAGCCGACCACUUUUGUCACAUCGUUAGCUGCGACAGGGGUUGAACCUAAAACAGUCACAGUGACCGAUUGGGAAAUCAGCACUAGCACUGUAUUUAUGGCUGGGACCAUCGGGAUAAAUCAUAUUGUCCCAACGACCAACAGCCCCGAUCCCCAAACCCACCUAGGCGCUGAUCAUUACUCCAGUACCUACAACCUAGACAGGUAUGGCAAUCUCCGAGCAUUCACUCGCGAGUCUAUUUCUCCUCAAAUUUCUCAUUUCCCAUGUGGCCUUGACCUAAUCUUUGUCACCGUGCGGUCUGCACAUUCUUUCCCGCAUAAGCGCUGUGCCUCCGUUACAUUUGUAUCUGACAUUGGCCCUUUCUGCAGUUUUCUGCUAUAUUUAGCAAUUCCCUGCCCUCGAGAUCGCGGGACAAACGGCUGGAACAACGGUCUCGAUUUCGCCAAUCCCACUUUGAACGUAUAUUCUACUACGCAAACCUUGCAAACUCGCUGGCUUUUUCUCGUUGAUAUCAUCUUCUCAUUGUGA